UCAGCGCUACUGUUUCAUGUGUCGAUCGAGCCCUGUUGAGAACUGCGCUCUCUCUGUGCUUCACCGGAGUAGACAUAAACAGAUUAUUAAAAGCUAAGGGUUUAGUUUUCUUCAGUAGCAUAUGCGCUGUCAUCGGCACAGUUUUCUGUGGCUAACGGAAAGGAUAGAUCGCUUCUCUGUGAAGACGUUGAAAAGUAACUAACGUUAAGCCUCAUUUGGACACAGGUAGCACUUUCGGAUCUGAAUAUUAAAGUACAGGUCAUGCGGGUGUCCUCGGACGGACAGAGAGCUGUGAUCCAGUGCUGCUGUGACUGCUAGUGACUCCGGUGGACUUUUGCCGCAAGCUGAGCAGGAACGACGGAAUUAAGCAUGUCCCGGAGAAAGCAGAGCAAACCCCGGCAAAUCAAACGCUCUAUUGGGGAUCUUAACGGAGAUGAGGACCCAUCUGAUGAUGUAAGCAUGUCAGGAGAGGAGGGCGGAGCUUCAGACCAGGAGGACUCCGCAGAGUGUGACGGUUCAAGCCCACCUUCAUUUACACCACUUUAUAAUGAAGAACCAAGAACGAACGAGUCCAUUUCGGUGCCGGGUGAGGGUGGGCAAGAUGAGAAAGGACCAUCAGAAGAUGAGGAGGAGGAAGGGGCAGAUGGUGAAGGGGAACCCCAGUGGAACGGCCCAGAUGAUCUUAUGCUAAGUGGCAGUGCUGAUGACUUCAAGGUCCUGGCCCUCAGGGACCUGUCUGAUGACACCGUGUGGGGUCCGUUUUCUGGCAGCAUCCAAUCAGGCGAGCCCAUAGACGGACCUGCCAAUGAGAGGCCUGUAUUGUCUGUGGAGUGUGAGGAGGUAAACUGCUGGCUCAAAAUGAUUCCUGUGACCUCAAGCCCCACUGAGUCAAACUGCAUCAUCUACAAUCAGGGAGGGGCAUUAUUCUGUAAGCUGACACAGGAACUGUCCAGUGGAGAUGCACUUUUGGCAACACUGUCCUGCUCCACCGUGGAUCAGUCAGCGGUGUCUCAGGUCCAGAGCGUGCGGGUGAAGGAGGAGCCUGCGUACCCCGCUGCUCUGCACUCUGAGAUCCAGCUCCUCCCUCAACAAGCUGGCAUGGCUGCCAUCUUAGCAACCGCUGUCGUAAAUAAAGACAUUUUCCCUUGCAAAGACUGUGGGAUCUGGUACAGAAGUGAGAGGAAUCUCCAGGCCCAUCUUAUGUACUACUGCGCAAGCCGACAGAAGCAGCAGACCUCGGCGUCUCCUCCACAGGACAAGCCUAAAGAUUCGUACCCUAACGAGAGGCUGUGUCCAUUCCCGCAGUGUAACAAAAGCUGUCCCAGUGCCAGCUCUCUGGAGAUCCACAUGAGAACACACAGUGGAGAGCGUCCGUUUGUGUGUUUGAUUUGCCUGUCAUCUUUCACCACUAAGGCGAACUGUGAGCGGCACUUGAAGGUUCACACAGACUCGCUGAAGGGUGUGUGUCACGGCUGUGGUUUCAUCUCCACAACACGAGACAUACUGUAUAGCCACCUGGUCACCAGUCACAUGGUUUGCCAGCCUGGUUCUCACAGCGAGGUGCACUCACCCAAACUGCCUCUGGCUGCAGGCUUGAGUCCAGGAGACUCUGGCAUUGUUCUGAAAUGUCAAGUGUGCGGCUACUCUGCCGACACACCUGCCCUACUCCAGCAACAUGUCCACACACACCUGGAAGUGAGGGUUCCGGCUGAGAGGAGUCCUGUCCCUCGCCAGAGCAGUCCUCCUUCCUCUGAGCUUCCAGAGCUGCAAGAGACGGAGCCUGCUGCCUGCGUGCCCCGACCAGACUCCUCCAGCCCAGGAGCCAAUGGGAGCUCAGCUUCUCAAGGCUGCAGUCCGCUCAACCAACUCAAUAUCAAACAGGAACCACAUUCAGACUACGAAAAUGACUCGAAGGAAGAAGAACAGGCAGGUAGUCCUGAAGGAAAUGCUGUGGAGGCAAGCUCAUCUCAGUCUGCUUCACCUAAGAGCCCCAAGGUUGUGGCGGUUAAGACGGAGCCAGCCAGUCCCACUCCAGGUUCCAGUCCCGUGCACACUGGAAUGAGCGGUUCUGUUCUCCCUGGAGGUGCAAUGCUUCUACCGCAGUACAUGUUCAAUUCCGAGGCUGCCAUAAUGCCACAAGCAUCUGAGAUCCUGGCUAAGAUGUCUGAGAUGGUACACAGUAGGCUUAAACAGGGACAGGGACCCUCAGCUGGACAGCAGAGCUUCUACCCACCAGGGUCUCCUGCUAGCGUUCACAAAGGAGCCACUUGCUUUGAAUGUGACAUCACCUUCAACAACAUCAACAACUUCUACGUGCACAAGAGGCUUUACUGCUCCGGCAGGCAUCAGCAAGGUGAGGCAGCAGGCCUGAUGAAGGAAGGGGGGGUCACAGCAGCUGCUCCUGUUGGCGUACACGCUGCUUCACCCCAGGCCAGACCGGUCAGCCGCGCAGCUUCGGCUUCUCCUAGCUACCCUGACCCUGCCCCUGCCCCAGCAGGCACAGCCUUAGAGCCCAAGUUAGAGGAGGUGAAAACUGAGGAAACAGGGAAGAAAGAGACCACCUGCUCAUCAUCCUCAGAGGGAGAGGGACCUGGAGGAGGGCAGGCCAGUGAGGGUAGCCAAAGUCCCAGUGGCUCCACUGAAGACCCAGACGAUGAUCUUACUCGCACAUUCUGCCAGGCCUGCAACAUCCGAUUCAGCCGCCACGAGAACUACACUGUCCACAAGCAAUUCUACUGCGCCUCAAGACAUGAUCCCUCCAUCCAGCGGCCCAAUUCUGGUAAGACCGCCUUCCUUCCCCAACCUAUCCGCACACGCAAGCGCAAGAAGAUGUAUGAGAUCCACAUGGCUCAAACUGAGGCUUUGGCCAAUGCCACUGCUUUGCCGGCAGCAACAAGUCUGGGGGUGAAACAAGAAGGCCCUUCCGUUCCCCGAUUGCCCCAAGUAUCCACACCAACACGCAGCUCAAGUCCUGAAGAUGACGAACCCAUUGACUUGAGUAAAAGACCAAGACUUAGAGAAAGCCAGAGAGGGGGCAGUGUUCCCGCUCUGCCCCUUACUGACUACCACAAGUGCACCGCCUGCAGCAUUAGCUUCAACAGCAUCGAGAACUACCUAGCCCACAAGACCUACUACUGCCCUGCAACCACUCAGAAGCCGCACACUAUGGAACAGCUUAACCGCUUGAAGAGACCUGCUUCCACCUCACCAAAGAACCGUGCUGUUGACUUGCACCCUGAUCCCAAAGGGCUUCAGACAGGUAAGACCGCAGCGGUUCUGCAUCCAUCCGCCCUACCUGCCUCUGAAUCCACUCCUCCACAUGUGCAGGGACCAAAGACCCCCAGCACCUCCCCAGUAGUGUGUCCUUACUGUCCUCCCAACAGACUGCUGACCUGUGAUCUGAUGGAGCAUUUUAAAAUGACUCAUGGUCUGGUGCUCACACUACAACAACAUCUGGAGAUGCAGUCCUCUGGAGUCAGUCCUAGUCCUAGCCUUAGCCCACGGGAAGGAGCUCCUCUCACCCCACCUAAAAAACCAAGCCCUCGGCACCAUAAGGACAGUGUGAAUGGCCGGAGCAUCAAGGUGGAAGCAACCUCACCUUUCUCACCUCUGCUUAAUGGAAGUCUGCUAGAAACCAAGUCCGUGGGGUCUGGUUCUCCGAAAACCGCAGCCCCUGCCCUCUCCCCUACAGGAGUAACUGUGUCACCUGUGCCUGAAACGUUAAGAGAGGUGAGGCAGAUAGGCCAUAACCCAUUACCCACACUCCUCCCUGAAAAGGCAGGCCUUGCUGUAAGCCAUGUCCACACAACUCUGACCAUGCCUAAAACACCCCUCGCCGUUCCUCUGCAGAACGGGAACACCCGCUACUGCCGCCUCUGCAACAUCAAAUUCAGCAGCCUCUCCACAUUCAUUGCACACAAAAAAUACUACUGUUCCUCUCACAGUGCCGAACAUGUCAAGUGAGCCCUCUUCCUAUUCCAUUCUGCCAUUCCUUCUUAUGCUUAGAAGUGUCAAUCAUGUCACUGCUGACCUGAUCCGGACAGAGCAUGAUAGCGGGACUGUUACUAGCCAGAUAUGGACGUCUCGAUACCGACCAUGUUAUCUGGUGUUGUUACUAUGGUAACUUAUUACACGUUAUGGGUCAAGUUUGUAUUACACUAAGAGAUGAGACUACCUGCACACAGAAUGUGCCCCACUGACCUAUUCGCUCAUCCAUGCGGACUUCUUUCAUUUGUGAGUUUAUAAAUCUGCUGAUGGAAAGUGACAUCUUGCCCUAUAAUUUGCUUUGAAAAUGCUGUUUUAAUCAAUCCUGUUUUUAUGGUCCUUUUAAUCAAUGAUGCCAUUGUAUAUUUGUAAAAGAUUGUUUGACUGAGCCAAUUUUGUUUUGUUUUAAAUUGCUGAUUUGGGGUAAAUUCUGACCCCUAGUGGAGGUCUUUAGAUUCUGCAGAUUUUUGUCAAUACACUGACUGGUGGGGGAAAAAUGUAGUACAAACUAAGUAACCCAGUUGAAAUUGGGGUCACCUGGUUACCAGAUCAAGAUGAAAGUUUUUGAAUGCUAAAAAAAAAAAAAAAAAGUGAAGAAACUAUUUAUCAUCGGUCAUCCUCAUGCAUUUCAUGUGAGUUAAAAAUGCUACCUAGUUUCUUUUGAAAGAAAUACUCUUUUUUUUCAUACUGUCAAAAGGAACCAUUUCGAUCUUUAGUGUGGUGUUUUUCUUGAUACUUGCAUAUGUGUCAUAUUUGAAUUUUUCGCAUUGAUCAUUGGGACUUGAGUGGAAAUUCUGUAAGUGCUGGUCUAUUAAGGUAAAGGAUGGCACACAUGGCUCCCGGCUCCCAGACAGACAGUUUCCAUCAGAUGGAUGUGCGUUACAGAUCUAAGAACUGUCUUGGGAUUUUAUGGUUUGGAUUUCGAACAGUGUAAGGAGUUUGUUAUGUCUAGUCACCAGCUCACCUUAUCUCUUCCCGAACACAAAACUUUCACUGAUUCAAAAUCCUUAACCCCUUUGACCUGCUGAAAAAGUGCCAUGUGUUCUCUAGACGGACCAUCAUGGACAUGCUGAGAAAGGCAUGUUUGUUUUGUCUUUUAUUUCUCCUCCUUUUUCUUUUUAACCUUGAAAUGAAGUAUAACAUAGAUUAGAAUCAUAUCAAUGUCUUGCUCACAGUUGAACGAUCUUGAAGGCUACUGAAAGCAAGAGAAUUUGAAAUUUGAACUCAUUGCUCGUAUUGCUUCUUUCUUAAAAUGGCAACCCAGUGUCGCUCUUGUCCUUCUCUCAUUCACUCUGUUUCUCUUUCCCCUUUCAAUUGUUCAUUCUCAAUGCUGACUCAGUGAUGUUUUAUACUACUUUACAUAUGCGUGUAUGUUGAAAAGAACAGCGUCAUGCAAUCUAUUCCUCUGUGCAGGCUACCUUGGCAAAGCCUUAACAAAGACUCUUGUCAAUAUGUCUGAAACAACGGGUCACAAAGCUCAUCACUCUCCCCUACUAAGUGGACUUUGUGUAAGUUACCAGUGGUGUUUCCCCUUUCCUGUGUUACAAAAAAAGCAACCUCAGUUGUCUCUGCGGUAAGAACAGGAACACGCAGAACCACGUGCAAAUGAGAACAGUUUCAAUUUCUCUAUGCUGUUGUGGGUUUGAAACGGUGCUGCACCCGUCGUGAACUCACACAGAGGCGUUUACAAUUCCAUGGUUUUAUCAUUCAGUGAGUGUCGCAAGUCCAAAAGACCAGUGCUGAAAACCUGACCUUUCCAGAUCCCUUUUCUAUUGCACUGUGUUGUACAAAAAUGCUGAAUGUUUUAGUUUUAGAAGCUUUUUUGUAUGUAUUUAUGUUUUUACAGCACUUUUCCUUGUCCAAGCCUAUCCCCGAAGGACUUACUCAUGAAUUUAGAACAUUCUAAAACAAAUAAAAGAUAAUUAAAAUACUUUGUGAAUAAUUAAAAAUGUUGGAAAAAUAAUGAAUGUCAACCUUUCCUUGUUUUUUUUUUUCUUUAUUCUCCAGCUACAAAAACUUCCACUACAAACUUGUCCAAACUAUGCAUGGGAAAUAAAGAGUCCAGAAGGACAUUCAAAGUGCAA